AUGGAUCCAACGGAGCUCAAACGAGUGUUCCAAAUGUUCGACAAGAACGGUGACGGUUCAAUCACGAACAAAGAGCUGAGCGAGACGCUACGAAGCCUAGGGAUUCACAUCUCCGACAAGGAGUUGACUUACGUUGAAGAGUUUGGAGAGCUUUACAAGUCGAUAAUGAUCCAAGACGAGGAUGAGAUAGGAGAUGAAGAUAUGAAGGAAGCGUUCAACGUUUUCGAUCAGAACGGUGAUGGGUUUAUUACGGUGGAUGAGUUGAAAACGGUCUUGUCUUCCUUGGGACUCAAGCAAGGUAAGACCUUGGAGGAGUGUAGGAAGAUGAUAAUGCAAGUGGAAGUUGAUGGUGAUGGUAGGGUUAAUUACAAGGAGUUUAGACAAAUGAUGAAAGGUGGUGGUUUUAGCGCUUUGAGCUUAUGUUUUUUUUUUUGUGUGUAUGUUUAUUUCUUCUUGCUUUAA